AGAGAGAGAGAGAGAGAGAGAGAGAGAGAGAGAGAGAGAGAGAGAGGAACACAGUGACAGACAGGGGGGUUUAAGUGAGAAAGACUGCCGACUUGCAACAAUAAAAGCAUAUGUGCAGCCAGUGCUGGAAAAUUACAAGCCUCUCUCUCACACAUACUCGUGCACCUUUUUUUCUCUCAUGAAGCUCAGGGGUCGCUGCAAGUCAGUGGACUGAAACCAACUGAGGAACCUCUUCAUUCAGCAUGUUUCACCUGCUUUUUGAAUAGCCACUUUUUUUUGUUUUACUGUGUGGCUGUGCUGCUGUGAGAAGAGGUGAAAGGAGUCACAGGCUGCCAGUGGAUACAGGUGCAGAUGCAGCGGGCCAUGAGCGGAAUACUGAAGAGGAAAUUUGAGGAGGUAGAAGCCUCCUCCUCCCCGUGCUCUUCCUUGCGGGAGUCAGAUGAUGAGGUCUCAUGCAGCGAGAGCGGGGAUAGCAGUGACAGUGUCAACCCCUCCGCCUCGAGCCCUUUUACCCCGGACUCGAUACUAAAGAGAGAGAAGCGCCUACGCACCAGGAGGGUGCAUUUUGAGAAAGUCACGGUGUACUACUUCGGCCGGCGGCAAGGCUUCACCAGCGUGCCGAGCCAGGGAGGCAGCACGCUUGGCAUGUCCAACAGGCACAGCUGGAUCCGCCAGUACUCCUUGGGUGAGUUUGCCCUGGAGCAGGAGAGGAUCCACAGAGAUAUGCUCCGAGAUCACUUGAAGGAGGAGAAACUCAACUCAAUCAAACUCAAGCUGACUAAGAACGGCACAGUGGAGUCUGAAGAGGCUGACACACUCACAGCGGAGGAUAUCUCCGACGACGACAUCGAUCUGGACAACACAGAGGUGGACGAGUACUUCUUCCUGCAGCCGCUCACCACUAAAAAGCGACGGGCACUGCUGCGCUCCUCUGGGGUGAAGAAGAUUGACGUGGAAGAGAAACAUGAACUGCGCUCCAUCAGGAUGUCCAGAGAGGACUGCGGCUGUGAUUGCAGAAUCUUCUGCGAUCCAGAGACCUGUGCCUGCAGCAUCGCGGGGAUCAAAUGCCAGGUGGACCGUAUGUCGUUCCCAUGUGGCUGCUCCAAAGAGGGCUGCAGCAAUUCAACAGGCAGAGUGGAGUUUAACCCCAUCCGUGUAAGAACACAUUUCUUGCACACCAUAAUGAAGCUGGAGCUGGAAAAGAGUCGCGAGCAGCAGCAGUCGUCCCCCGCAAACGGUUACCACGGUGACACCAACGACCUGGGCAGCCCUCUGGUCCAGUCCCAGCACAGGUUGGAGUACUCUCUGUCGGAUUCUGUUCCACAAACGACUGCGAUGCACCUUCAGACCGCGGCCGACAUGGAGGAGCCUCUAGAUGAAGAGGAGGACGAGGAAGAUGAAGAAGACGAUGAGGAGGAGGAGGAGGAAGAGGAGAAUGAAGAAGAUGAAGAGGACGAGGAGGAUAGCAGCAGUGUGUGCAGCGCGCUGUCCGACUCCAGCACGCAGAGCUUAGCAAACGGUGACUCUGAGGACGAGGAAGAGGACGAGGAGGAGGAUGAAGAAGAGAAUUCUGAGAACUUGGGAAACCAACCAGUGAAUCAUACUGAGGUGGUUCCAUUGUCUGCUGUGCUUUGCUUCAAUAAUGCACCGCAUGAAAACAACAUGAACGGAAACAAUUAUUUAAUGAACUCUUCCUCGGCUGAGUACUACAAGCUGGGGAGCUCCUGUACGGUUGCUAACAGUCAAACCAGUCAACCCAGCGAACCCUACAGUGAAGCCUUAGCAUUCCAUGAUCCGGUUAGCACAACUAAUGGUAGCGUAUCCCAAGGACCUUUUAACAUGUCUGCCGAACAGUACAUAGACUACUCCAAUCAGGCUGAGCAAAAAUACAAUAAUGCUAAUCACAAUUUCACUCUGACCAAUGGCUCUCUGGCCACCCCUUUGACCUGCUCCACAACUGAUACAGAAAACAAGGUGUCCAAAGUGACAUUUGUGGAGCAGCCGGACAACCAGAACCAGCCCCAAUUUCAGAACUACCUGAACAAUAACUCACAGGAUUCCUACAGCAGCCACAGCUCCAGUAUGACAGCCGAUCAGCCACAGCAAGAGUCCACUAUUAAUAAUGGCCAUUCUGACCUGACCUUACUAGCAAGCAACGCUAAGAACCUCCCUUUACCAGACCAUUGCCCCGAGGUCACAGCCAUUUAGUGGGCCUCACCUUUCAAAGUGUUCUUUCAUUAUUAUGUCUUAACUUGAGCCUGACCAAGUGGCAUUUCAAGGAAACAUAAUCAUGACCUUUUUGUAUUAUGUGACCUUAAAUUCCAAAGCAAUUGACACCAAUGUAGUACAUUUAACACUUGCUAUUAAAAAGACCUUGACCAUAUUCAACCAUCAGCCAUUUCUUCUGACUUCAUACUUUGGAUGGGAAACUCAAAGGCUGUGUGUCAUAAUGCUGUGUUCCAGGUUAUAAGUUGAAUAAUAAUGUGUAAGUGAAAAAACUGCCAUCAUUCCCUUGCUUCAACUUUAAAAUCAAUUAACAAUGAAUCACAACAACAUAUUAAAAACCAAUAAGCUACCUCCAGACAACUGUUAUUUUUAUCAGACCCUUUCUAGCUAACAGCUAGUUAGCAAGUGUCUUGUUUAUGUUACCAUUUGAAUACACUGUACGAUAUGAAAGGAAAGGUGUACAUUCCUAGCUUACAGAAAAUGUAGCUGGCUAAUGGUGAUGUGUGCUAGCCAACUGUUAGCUCAGAUGGCUAUCGAUUAAACUAGCUGGCUAAUGGUAAUGUAAGCUUGCUAACAGUGAUUUCAGCAGGCUAACAGAAAUCGGGCUAGUUAGUGGUUAAAUGCUUCGACUGACUAGCUUACUGGUUAUCUGGUUAUAUCAAAUGUUGUUUUUAACCUUUUGUGUGCCACAGGAAUUACAAUUUUCACUUUUUUAGUUGCUGAUGAAAGGGGAGUGGUGAAAUGCUAACAAUGUCAGAUUCCCUGAUAAGAAUCCCGGAACACUGAAUAUAACAUCAUGAUAGCAUUUGAGCUUUCUAAACCAAGCAUUACUUCAGAGGAAAAGGCCACUUGGUGAAUAUGGUGAAUAGUUUCAGCAUGGAAGUGUUAUGGAGGAAUUAGUUCCUGAGCGUUUCCAAACUACAGUGUGUGCUUAACUGCGAGAUAUAAUAAAACACAACCACUUACAAACAUCAGUUAUGUCAUGCUGUGCAACGUAUCAUGUAAUCUAAAUGUAAAGUUCUAGUUUUAAGCAGAUAUUGUAUUGUAGAUGGAACUUUUCUAUGUCUAAUGUAUUUGUCAAAUGUGAAAAAAAGGUUUAUUGUUGCUUAAUUUAUUGUUUCUUAAUUAUGUGUAUACUUAUCUAUUGUAAAUGUUUUAUAAUAAGCAUGCUGUUUUUGGGAAUCUCAGUGACAUUAAGAGUCGGGAGGGGGGGUUGCCAUUGUUUUAUAUGAAAAUGUGUUGUAUACAUGCUGUACAUUUCUGUUCUUUUUGUCACAAUAAUAUGCUUUUCUAUGUUUUUGAAAAGCAUGAAAAAGCCUGAAUUCUUAUUUGUAUGUUUGUAAUACAGUGUCUUAAAAUAGCAUACAAUGUCAAUUCACAGCCUUUUGCACUUAUGUGUUGGGAGUCCAGUGGCAUGCAGUCGAUUUAAACUUCACUUGAAUGGUGGGAAAAUAUGGCCCCUUACUUGUUAUAUUUCCCUACUGUUCACUUUGAGAACUCCACAAUUAAAGGUGCCACAAGAAAUUAGGAUUGUUUCUUUAAAGAUUAUCGUGAAUACAGGGAUACUGAUAAAUAGCACUUUGACAUAUCUCCAACAGUAUGAGAAGCUCAUAGACAACAGGACACUAUAUCUACCAUUGAAUUAACAUAAUUAGCAUCAUUUAAAAAGUAUCAGUAACCACUCUCCAUUUAAGUUCUGGAGACAAAUGAUUGAACCCUACUAUCUCAGUAUUUUAUAACUGAAGUGUUUAUUGGAUUUCUGCCUUGGGAAAGCUGUCUAAGCUGAAAUCCGCUGUCUAAUAACUGAGGUGUUUAUUUAUGCGGCUCCAGUCAUGAUGUUUAUUUGUUCUACUGGUGUGCAAUAGCUUAAGAGUUUUUAAUAGGCAUUCCCUUUUAGAGAAAAUCCUCAAUGAAACGAACUGAGAUUCCCUUUAAUUUACCAUCAAGGUACUUCAUAUUGGUACACUUUUUGUUGAAUAAUGAACAUGACAGUUUUACUAAUUGUAUAUUGAGGAGACAAAUGUUCAAGGUUGACAAUCAAAACUAUUAAGAAAUUUGAUUCAUAUCAGUCAUUUACAGAUAUACAGUAUGAGUCCUGAGUCCAAGUAUGAGCCAUUGAAAAUAUAUUUAACAGCCAGAUUUUUAAAAACUGUUUGCCAAAAAUCUGUAAAUAAGCUUUUGAAACAUGUUUUCUAUGAAAUCCCAACAAAAAAGAAAAAGGAUUGACUGCUCAAAAAUGUGAGGAUUGACUGUGCUAAUUUAGAGAACAGUAUUACGGUAUUAUGUUGCUGAAGUUCUUUACCUUGAGCGCUUUGCUGCUGCAUGAAUAAAGAUAAUCAUCAUCCUUCAGGCUUUCAAAUAUCUGCCAUCUUUUGGAAUCAGAAAGGGUCAUUGCUGGUUUUUUGUUGAUCGUGUGUGACUGAUAAGUAGCUGGGACCUUUCACAUCACUGUGGUGGUACAAAACAAGCUUACAGGCAAUCAGAGGCAUCAACACGGUCUAUGUAACAAAUAAAUGUUGCCAAAACAUUCAGUGUGAGAAGGCUAUACAGUGACACUGCAUCCAGUUAAGAAUCCUGUGUUGGAUUUUAUUUUCCGGUAUUUAUUAUGAAUGAUAUAUUGAAAUGUGUAUUUAUUGUGGUUUUACUAAAAGUCUGUGAUGAGUAAAUUGAUUCACUAUCUUAAA